GUUUCGAGGCUUUGUUUCUGCGGGAAGACAUUCCUUUCACGAUCGGGAUCACCAAAGAUCGUAUCUUUGCCCGCUGUCACCACAAUCGCGCGAAAGAUCGAAGACGAGGUUCCGCCGAUCGCGACCCACCGACACAUCACUGCAUGGUGGACCGCCGACACCCUUCCAAAAGACACUGCCAACUGCCAACACUCUUCUAGAAACACCAUUUGCAACCAACCAAACAGAUACCAAGAUAAGACGAAGAUGUGGAUCCUGCGACCGUUCCACACACUGCUAGUACUUCUCCUACUGUGCUGUACUGCUGCUGCCGAGGAUGUCCCUGAGCAGGAUUUUUUCCUUUCCUGUUCCAUGGGCAAAAUGGACGAAUUAAAUACCUACUUGGAGGCACAUCCCGACUGGGUCCAUGCACGGACGGCCGAUGGAGAAUACUGUUUGCAUUUGGCGGGAAUCUAUGGCAAAUCUGCCGUGACGACCAUGCUACUGAAACUGGGCGCCGAUCCCAAUGUCCGCACGAGCUACGACAAGGGAUUACGGAUGCAUCCCUUGAGUUGGAACGUCUACGGCAAUCAUCUGGAAAAUGCUCGUCUCUUACUGGCAGCGGGUGCCGAUCCGAAUAUGGAUUUUGAUUUCGAACACGGCGGUGAAAAAAGAAAGGUGACCGUCAUGGAUUUGCUCUAUGUGCUCAAUGAAAACAAUAAACACGGUGAUUAUGAUGACCUGAGAGACUUGUUGCUCAAGUAUGGAGCCAAGACUCUUAAGGAGUUGGAAAGGGGAGACGAGUUGUGAUACCGACUAGCUAGCAAUCCAAGUAUCCAUCAAUCAGUCUACUCUACUAAGGUACUGCAGCUCCAUAGAACGAUAUAGACGAAUAAGAGUCUCCUUCAAGACUUUCUGAUCCAAGUUUAACUCUCCUCCUACUCUAUAAUUUUUUGCUUUUUCGAUG